AUGUCGGAGAAGCUCCCAAAGACGAAGGACAUCGUAAAUGGCGUAUUCGGUGUGGUGAAAGAGUACGGCAAGCUCGCGGGUGAGCUCCCAGUGAAGGACUACGACUACCACAUGGUAUUCCCUGGGUUUAGACAGCAAAUAAAGCGGCACAGCGAGUCCGUCGUCGAGUUCAUGGAUAAGUGCUCUCAACUGCUUCCCGCGAAGCGCCGCGUCACUCUGCAGAGCGGCACUGGUAGUCUCACCGAUACACAGCGGUCUGCCGUCAUGGAGGCGGUGGACUCGCUUUUGGAGAACGUUGAUACUUUGUUGGAUGAUUUGAAAGGGAGGCGUUUGAAUGCAAAAGAUCAGCUAUCUGUGACUUUUGGCUCAGAGCUGCAGAGCCUCUCCUCCUCUGGGGCGGCGGGGGCGCACAUUCUUCGGCCACAACUCACGUUUGAGCAGCCGGUGGACAACAGCUUCACGCCCUUCUGUCCUGUGUACUACGACGAAGAGGGCAAACGACAUGUGGCGCAGCCCGGUGUUCACCCUUUCGCUGCGCGGAUUAAAGAAGCCCGCAUUCCUGAAGAGCAGUUGCUUCGUUGUGCAGAGACACCGUACCUUCCGUUGGCUACGUGCCCACUUUGCUUCGUGGACACGGUGGAGGGCCUUGAAAAAGUUGUGGCGACACUUCUCAAGGAGAAGGAAAUCGCAGUGGAUCUCGAGCAUCAUGACUUCUACUCGUAUCAGGGUUUUACAUGUCUCAUGCAGAUCAGCUCACGUACGGAAGACUUCAUCAUUGAUUGCCUCAAGCUAAGGUCAUCAAUGCACCUGCUGGCCCCUGUCUUUUUGCAGCCACGUAUUCUAAAGGUCUUCCACGGUGCGCGUGAGGAUGUCCGGUGGCUGCAGAAAGAUUUUGGUCUUUACAUUGUGAACUUCUUUGACACAGGCAUUGCGUUGCAAAAGUUGCACAUGCCGCAUAGUCUGGCAUUUGCCGUGGACCACUUCUGUCAGGUGAAACUGAACAAGAAGUAUCAAACGGCAGAUUGGCGCAUCCGACCUAUACCUGCAGAGAUGGUGGCCUACGCGAGGCAAGACACACAUUUUCUCCUCUAUGUGUAUGACCGGUUAAAGGCUCUGCUUCUUAACGCUGAAGGACGUGCAUCCAUUGGGAAUCUGCUGGUACAUGUGUUUAAUGAGAGCCGUCGACUAGCGCUGGAGCUCUACGAGAAGCCACAACUAGACCCAGAAAAUACCUACAAGCUAGCGUUAGGUCGAAGUUUGGGUGGAUUGACGUCGUCACAACUGCAGGUAGCGCGAAAUGUGUUCAACUGGCGUGAUGCCGCUGCAAGGGAAGUGGACGACUCGCCUGCCGCUGUCAUGCAACUCUCUUCUGUGUUGGCUAUCGCCACCAAACUACCGAAAUCUGCGAAUGAUGUGCUGAAGUGCUGCAGCCCGGUGAGUGUUGUGGUUCGCACCAAUGUCAUGAAGCUUGUUCAAAUAGUAAGGGAUGCUGUGGGCAGUGCGGCUGCUCUGCAUCUGGAGGAGGAAGACAAGGAUGUGAAGAUGGAACCUUCACGCGAGGCAGGAGUUGUUGCCCGCCCUGUUGGCGUUCACCGGCCAAUGACAGGAACACUGCCAUCCCUGGAGGAGGGUGCAAGCCCUGCACCAGUGCUGGAGAACACCCCAGCGGUUGUGUGCACUGCCCCCUCUGCAUGGUUCACCGCCAUGCUCAACCUCGCAGCGGUCCUCCGCAGCAAGCGGCAGCCGACCGUCUCUCUUCCUGGUCACGAGGUGGUCAAACUUCUGCAGGAUAAGGCUGCAGUGAAGCGGCCGCGCGAUGCUGAGAAGGUUGCGGAGCAAGAGAAGACUGAGACAGCUUCGCCUGAUGACCAUCAAUGCGACAGUAUUAACACUGUCGAGGAGGAGGGUGAUAAAAUGAAGGUGAAUGAUAAAGAACUGGAGCAGAAUGGUGAAGGCAAGAGUGGCGUACCAACUGAAGCGAGCAACGCAUCGGCUGUGCAACCGAUGAAGCACGAAGAACGGGCUGUGGCGCUCCGACAGCAAUACGGCACCGGCAGCACUAAUCGCAAGAAGGCUAAAGUGGAGAAGGUCAAAAAAAACAUUGAUGUUUAG